ACCAUAGAGAGUGCUCCCGCCUGAUCCUCGCGCGGCUCUAGGAGGACUUCCGGCCAUCGUUGGUUUCUAAGGAAACAGUUCCGGCUUCUCAAGGAGAGAUCUGAGGAUGGCGAGAGCCGGGGGGAGAGCUGGCAAGGUGUUUUGCUCUGUGCGUCCGGCAGGACCUGUAAGACUGUCAAAUACUAAGAAAAGGAACACAGGGAGGAAAACCUCUACAACAUCCGUGGACUCAGGUUACUCAUUAUAUUCCACAGACUCUGAAGAUCAGGUAUUGGUUAUAAACAAAGGACUCAAUCGGUGUGCAGCGUUACUGCAGGAUAUUCUCCAGAAUGAUGUGAAAGCAGAAAACACAGAGCACAAUGUCCCCAGAGGAAAUGGACGGCAGCUGACUACAAAGGGCAAAAAGGCAGUCUCAAGGAAAAUCGCCUCCCAUGUGCACAAUGAAAUCGGAGCAGUGACACUGAGGAACCCCAGGCACUGCGGUGUGCGUGACAAGGAGGUGAAGACUCUACGCGCAAACACACAGCCUCGAUUGGUCUCGCCCCAUUCUCCUGUUGCACAGCCUGCACUCUUUGAACAUGUUCAGACCCAGAUGUCUCUCCUGAAGCAAGGUCAGGGACCUGAAUAUGCUCCCCUCUAUAACUGUCGCUUACCUUCUUCAACACCAGCCUUGUCCCCUCAGAAUCCAGGCAAUCCUCAGAAUGCUUGUCAUGAAGGCUAUAGCCAAGUUCUGCCACAAGGAGGAGCUCACUUUCCAUCCAGCAUGGUAACCCAUUCAGCGAAUCCAGCCAUUCCUCCCAUAGUGUAUAUGCCAACACCUGGGCAGCACAGCCCAGCAGCACCCAUCCCUCAAAUGGAAACCUUGUCAAAAUUCAUCACCAAUGACAGCCAAAUCAAGGAUGUGGACUUUCUUCAAUGUGUAGCCAACCACCUCGCUCAGUACAAGGGCUCAGAGGCCAAUGUCCAGACACUCCAGAAAGCUGUGUAUUCCACGGAUCCAGGGUUUGAAAGGGACGUGCCCACCAGAGAAAUAGACGCGGCUUCCAGUGGAGACGAUGAAAUGCAUGCUCUUUCCAAGGACAUAAGCUGCCAGACAAGUUUUGACAAGAACCUGAUGCCCAAAAGGACGAGUCCAGAGAAGAAAAUCAAAACGGUGAAAUAUCUUCUCGGAGAGAUUAAGGCAUUAGUGGCAAAGCAAGGACAUGGAGAAGCAAUGCAUCUGAUGAAUGAACUGGAGCACAACGUGUCUCUCUUGCCAGGAGUGUUAGGAAGGACAAAUGUCCAAGCUGAAAUCGCUCUCGCGCUCCAACCGUUGAGAAGCGAGAAUGCCCAGCUUCGGAGACGAUUAAGAAUAUUGAAUCAGCAACUCCGAGAUCGAGAGAGAAGUGAGGAAGCGUUGAUAUCCGACACGUGCAACUCUGAAAUGGUCUCUGUUCAGUCCAAGAACGCAACUUUACAACAUCAACUAAUUGAGACUCAGAAGGGUCUUUCAUCUUCGCAGAGCAAAAACGAGGAGCUUCUGAAGUUAAUUGAUGCACAAAAGGAUGAAAACAAUACGUUGGUGCAGAUUGUACAAGAGAAGGAACAGGAGCUGCUUCGAAUCCAACAGCAAAAUGAGAUCUCUGCCUCUCGCACCCAAGUAGAAAUGGAUGAGGCUUUGGGGAAAACAAGGAGCCUUCAAUUUAAACUGGAGUCAACAGAAAAGGAAUAUAAGAUUUUGGAGAUAACUUUGCAACAGAGGGAUGAGGAAGUGAGUAGGCUGAAAGACCUUACAAGGACAUUGCAGGGCAGUAUGGCCAAACUGCUCUGUGACCUCCGCCAGGACAGCAGCAAACUGAAGUCGGGGCCAAGUCUGACAAAGUCUCUUCUGGACAGUUAUGAAAAGCAGGUUCAGGUGGAUAAUUGCCCAGCGAGUACAUCCGUAAUUAGUUACUUGAAACAAUUAGAGACUGAUCAGGUCUUUCCUAGCCGAAAUCCAUGCUUUCCUGCCAUCCCUGUACUUAAUGUUACCUCUAAAGACUUCACUGAAUGUUUGAGUUCUGACGUCAGCAAGGUCCGUGCAGCUACUGAUGUUUCUCACCAGAACACUCACCUCCGACCGUCGAGUAUGCACAGCCCUGGAAAGUACCCUUCAGAGGUCAGAGAUGGGUCCUGCACAUCCACGUGUGAUGAGUACAAGCCCGACGAGACAACAUAUUUACCACUGACCAGCAGUCCUACCAAAGCUCAGCUGACCCGGUCACAGAGACAAAUGUGUACCCCUCCGAUGGUUAACAGUGUCUCUCGGGAUUAUGCCAAGCCCUGCAGUUUCAGAACUCCUGAAGACACUCAGAUGACUCUCAAAAAUAUUUUGCAGACAUCUACAGAAACUUUAGAUCAGAGCAUGAAGUCCAGACAAGAAAUUCCCAGUACAAAAUCCAAGACCUGCACUCAGUACAGGCCAGAUCCACCAUCAGAGAAGUGGCCUCUUGUUCUGCAUCAGAUAAAGAAUCUGCAGGUCAGUGAGCUUAACCUGACUGACCGCUCGAUGUUGGAUCUGAUGUCCGGAAAGUGCGACUGGACCAUGACCUCAUUCUCAACCUUCACUUCCCACGACGAGCAGGAUUUCAGGAACGGCCUGGCAGCCCUCGAUGCCAACAUUGCUAAAUUACAACAAACAUUACAGGCCGGCAUGCUACAGAAGUGACUGGGCUUAGUGGCAACUCUCAGAUAUCUACCAUUUUAUAUUUGUGUGUUUU